CUAGUAAAUCUCAUUCGAUUUACAAGUUUCAACUCAACAUAAUCUUUUUUUCGAAUUAAUUUUCCGUUUUUAAUUUCUACACAACUUUAAAGUUUUUUACGAUAAAAAUGGUGUCCUUCGGCUGUGUGGCAAAACUUCUGAGGGGCUUUGAGUGCAGCGGUAAUACGUGGGUCAAAGCCGUAAACCCCGGAUGGUAUGAGGCCCGCGAAAUUCCGAAGACUAUGCUGAUCGAAAAAGUGAGACAUGUGGCCCAAGUGACCAGGCCCAUUCGUAACCGACCUCAAACCGCGGGGCCGCCAAAGAAGGUCAGCAGUCGACAGCAAUUUCUCUAGGAUAAAUACAUAUGCUGAGAUGCCGAGAUAUUAUUUAGACACAAAUCGUUUUAUUCUCCAAAUGUUUAACCCAAAUGCAGAUUCAAAGUGUGGAGUUGUACUGCAAUCGUUAUCGAUUUUGGCAUAUUGGACACUCUUACGCAUGGUCACACCGAGUCGGUGCCGAGUUUUUGCUUCGCGAGCAGGUGGUGUUGUCCAAUCAGAAUCGCCGUCGACGGCACGAAAAAAUUCCAAUAGAAUAGCCGAGGGCGAUUAUUUAUGUGUUUGUUAAUGUUAAAUGUUAAAUGCAAAAUUACGCGUCGCACGCUUCGCCCACGCGAAUCGGAUUUGUUCAGUGCAAACACAAGUGAAUAUAAUAUGUAAGCCAGAGGCAAGAAGCCCAGCAACAAAGCGCCAGUGAUAAGCGCAAUAAUAUAAAUAUAAUAUAGUAUAAAUUCAACGUGAAAAGAAAUCUCGCCAGCCAAAGAAAAGCAAAAAAAAAAAUAAGCAGAGGCAGAGACUCGGCGACAAAUGGAAAUAAAGUAAAAUGAAGGAGAGAGGAGAGAUAGAAAUCGUAAUGUGUAAGCGGGACCAGAGCGUAUGAAAAAAGGCGAAGAAAUAACGUCGGAGCGAAGAUUAAAUAAAUUUACAAGUGUGUUUUGUA